AUGAGGCUGCUUCACCUCGCGGACCGAGGAAAGCUGCCACGGAUCUACAACAGUCAGAAAGAUUAAGGCUAAUCCUAAUCCUAAUAAAGUAUUUAUAUCCUUACCUAGGUCACCCAUCAUCCUCGGAGGCGAGCAUGUGCCCGUGGGGCUCGCUGAGAAGGGUCCACAACCUAACCUAACCUAAUGAUCCUCAUAAAGUAGUACCUUUACCUUUUUCUAUCUUUGUUCUUAGGUAGGUUGGCUCCACCACAUAUAUGAAAUCCGUUUCCAUCUUUUUGUAUUUGCCAAACAUCUUGGCCAGGGAGGGCAAAAGGGGCACCAUCAAGAUGCUCAAUGGGGCCUUGAAAUUCUCAAAAAUUGGAAUGAUAGGAAUCCGAUUUUUGCAACGACCUCUAAAAAAAUGCAAUAAUGGCUGCUUUACAGGCAGCGUUGAAGCGAGCGCAAGAACGUGAAGACGAACGCAUGGAAAACGCACAAAGGAUUUUCUUAGGGCUGGUUCAUAGUUUUCCUUUCUGAGAUGUGAAAUUCAUCUGCUACAGGAUCUACUUUUUGAAUGCAAUUAGCUAGAAAAAAAAUGGUAUUUUUAGACCUUAAAAAUCCUCAAUUAGUAGUAAGUACUAGUAGAAGUAGAGAUAGUAGUAGUACGUAGUACUACUAGUAGUAGGAAGUUAGUGCUAUAUGUAGCACAGUUGUAAUUUCCUCAAGGAGUCGCGUACUCUAUUCUUGAUUGACUCUAAUGCGUUUUUCAGCAUUCCGCAAGAAAAUCCUGGAUGAGGUUAUUAAACAAGCGAAGCGACACCGUGAAGGCUUGUUAAGGCUCUAUAGACAUGAUUUCUCAAAAAUUAGUCCAUCUGCUCUAGUAUAGAUCGUGUAUGCUUCCGGUAAUUGGUAUAGCCUGAAUUUGAUCAUAAGGGAAAACAAGAAGAGAACCCUUGAGUGAUCAAAUUCAGGCUAAGUACCCAACUAUACCGGAGACAUUCAUAGACAUCCCUCAAGCAUAUCAUAUCUGUGCGCCCCAAAUAAUGCAAGGGAGAGACGGACUUUAUUUAGUUCAGGUGGCAGGGUGUCAUCGUACUAUAGUCUAGGGGUUGCCAUGCUAGCCAAUGAUCAUAGACUUAUAAUGGAUAAUGGAAACUUUCAGCACCGGGAUGACUAGGGAACAAGAGGUCUUCUAAGCAUGACAGAAAUCGAAGAUGCACUUGCACAGCAGGAGCAAGAGAGAGAUGCUCUCUCCUCAGCGGAGGAGGAAAGAGAAUGCCUUCUUCCUGCGGAGGACGAAUCGGGAGCACCACCACGCUCGUCUCAGACGAAUAUUGACAUAGUUAUGGUUUGUUCUUGUUCAAGAAGAAAAAUGAGGAGAGUAAUAAAUACAAGUCAACGCGAGUCUCGAUUAGGUUGCUCAAGAACAAAGGAGCUCCAAGAUAAGCACUUGCUCAUCUGGCUCUUGGCCUGCUGCAUCGAUUUUGGGCAGUUUAACACGACACUGCUCUUCGUCUAUCUUCAUAGGUAGAGAAUAUGUUUCUUGCACUUCGAAGGCCUACAUGAUUAAUAUUCUGAAUCUGCUAGUUGUAUACAAAGAAGUACAUAGUUGUUCUAAUCAAGAGGAAUUGAUAAAGGCAAGGGAAGAAGUUUUGCUGCGAGCGCGAGAGCAGACAGAGACACAGCUGUUAGUGGCGAAGGCGUUAGCUUUGCAUCGCGCACGCCAGCUCACUCUGCAUCAAAAUUAAGGCUCCUCGAUUUCGAUGCAAGAAUUCAUUUUCAUUUGUUCAUAUUCAUUUUGCUUCAUCCAAUGGUCAGAUUGAUACAAUUCAUUAUCAUUUCAACAUAUUCAUUAUCAUUUUCUUCUAGUGGUAGUGGUCAAUAUUUUUUUUCGGUUUUUUUGACGUUGAGGUGUUAAUUCUAACAAGGCAUGUUGGUUGCCUCCAUUUUAACCACGGGAGACUGGCUGGGGGACGUUCAAAAUUUACGGCUUGUUCAAUAAAAAAUAAGGUGUACUAUCUACAUACAUUUAAGUACAUCUUUACCACGUUUUUAUUAAGGUGAAAAAAGGUCAAAGAUACGUUGCUAUUAAGGGGAAUAAAAUAGGUCAAAGAUGCAGUUCUACAUGAGUGAGUAUUUGGACGAAGGUUCUCUAUCUCUAAUUAACGUGCCGCCGGGAGAUCCACGCCGGGCGGACGUGGUGACGCGCAUCCAAGUGGGUAUUCGUGUAGAAAAGGACUCUGAUUACGGCUAAGUAGUUAGUAUUCGUGUAGAAAAGGACUCUCAUUGUGAUUACGGCGUAGCAGAGGACUCUGAUUCGAAAACUGAAAUUAAGCGAGUAGCCAAUAUGAAGUAAAAGAGUCACGAGUACACUGCUCUCUUUUCAGUAUCUCUAUUCUAAUUCAAAGUAGUUACUUGGUAGUUAUUUCAGUUUAUCGAGUACUAGUAGUUUAUCAGUUCUAUCCCAUGUGAAGCUGAAGUAUGCUGACUGAAGAUGGGUCCCCCUCGAUUUAUCAAAGAGGAAACUAAGACUAACGGGAUCUUUAAGAGGAAACUAAGACUAACGCGGAACAAGGGGAACCCACUCAGCCCAACAGGGAAACUAAGGGGAACGAGGGGAAGCUAUCGGGGAACUCACGCAGGACAUUAAUGCAAACCUAGCGCCUCUAAUGUGGGGGCCGUCUCCACGCCGUCGGUAAGCCAAAGCUGAUCCGUUCCCAGCCUGACGCAGAUCAAUUCUGGCAAACAAGUGAAAAUGGAUGGGCGCCGUUCCCUACAAAUACAGCACCAGAGCAGACCUCCGAAGAUUCGUCGACGCCAAGCGCAACAAACGCUCUUGAUGCCGCACCCGCAGUUGAUGCAUCAUGUUCCUUGAGGAAAGAGUUAAGGUUGCGACUCCUAUAAUCUGUAUCUGAUGUCCCAUAAUUUUGAGACGAGAGAGUCAUCCUAGCGGAGGGCUUUUUCAAGUGGGAAAGGCACCGUACAGACAUCUUUCUAAAAGUGGGUUUCAAGCGAAAAAAACAUGAACAUCCUUUUUAAGAUAGAAAAACAGCAACCAGAGGCACGAGUCUCUGCUUAAAAAGAUGGAACCACUGACAAUAUUAUUUAUUAGGGCAAACUCUAUCUGAUUAACCUUAUUAACCUUAAGAUGGAGGAACAUCAAAAUUAGAGCACCAUCCAAGUCCAACAGCCACUCUUCACCCAAGUCCAACAGCCACUGGUCUAAUUGAUGCUGCACCAGGCGAAGACGAAUUCGAGGAAGUGUAUGUCACCUUGCAAUACAUAGAACACUGGAUCCAGUUCGCGAUGGAGGCUGGUCUCUACCCAAUGCUGCUGAUCGAUUCCUGGGUUAGCCGUUAUGGCCACGUGGAUUCCUUUUUAGAUACUUGUUGUUCUUUCUCGUCUAAAGAUACUUGUUGUUCUUUCUCGUCUAAAGAUACUUGUUUUAGUUUACGGAGCGUCCUUUGUCGCCUUAGAAAUAAAGUACGCAUGUCACCAAAGACGCUGGUUGUUGUUUACAGGUUUUAGCAAGAAGUAAAAGUACGUCGUGGAAGUAGAUGAGUUCUCACUUUGUUGUCUAAUAGUACAUUUGCAUUCACAGCGGCUAAUACUUGUUAGUUUAGUUUUUAUCAGAAAGCACGAGUACGACGAGUACGAGGUAUAGCAUUCUUUAUCAACAAGCUUUACACCUUGUAGUUUUUGCGAUUCUAUGUAUCUAUAGUGUACUACCCUCUCAUGUCCCGUUGUGGAAACGGCCGUCGCAGAACAUCAAUGGGAACAAGGAGGAGGAGGAAGAAAACGAGAAGCAGGAUCAGGUGGUGAGUUCAAUCUUUCCGCCUAAGGCCUGCGUUGAGGCGAUCCAAAGUCGCGAUGCGGGUCGAGCGAGAACCGCGGUUGUGGGAGAGGUCGUCCGAUCGCUGAGUCUCUCAUUAAGGCUGUAGCUAAUGCUAUAAUCCAUGAUCCAUCUUUGGAAGCACUCUUUUUAGAACAUCUUUGGAAGCACUCUUUUUAGAACUACGUAUGGGUGUAUGCUUCCACUAUUUGGUAUAACCUGAAUUUGAUCAUAAGGGAAAACAAGCAGAAAACCUCCCUUGUGAUCAAAUUCAGGCUACCAAAUACCGGAGCCAUUCAAUGGGGGAGCUGUAAGAAAGACGGACCGUUCUAAUCUCAGAAGACGGAUCCAUAGACGUAACCGCGCCACCGUGGACAGGAUUGGGAUUGCGACACCCAGCGUUAAGACCGCUGAAGCGUCUCCUCGAGGUUCCUUGGUUCUUCUUUGUUUCAAGGGGGAAAAGGAAGAGAAAAACACUGCCUACUUAUUCAAAUAUUAUCAUCUCUUGCUUUUCAAGGGUUUUGAACAAAUAUAGGGUCGUUCAGGAACAAUCAUGGGCACCGUGUAGCUCAUAGGGAUACAAGAACGAAGACAGUGAUAGGGAUAGGGCUCUAACGAAGACAGGUAAGGGGAUUGCACCAUAUGGGCCGGAUCAUCUGAAAAUGCUGGCGGCACGUCGACUCGCAGUGCAAGUCCAAAAAGCGAAGGAGUUUAUCAAUAAAGUCGUGGAAAAAGUGGACUUGGAUGAUGGUGCUUGUUAUUCUUUUCAGUAGACGAGUGUCGGUUUUGAUCUCUUGGUCCUUCAUCUUCUCUCGGUCCUUGGUUUAUCUUAACAUUCCUUAGCAUCUUCCUCUUUAAGAGUAAUAGUAUCCGUGGAAAAAGAGAGAGCGAUUGGUAUAAGUGGUUGAGACUGAAUUUUGCAUACGCAGUUCCACGUUCUUCGGGAUACACUGUUGAAACUGUAUCGCCCCGUCGGUACGUAGUCGAGGAGUACUACUAGCGAUGCCAGUUGUCCAUUAAUUGCAUACGCGCCUUUUGCUCUGACAGGAAAUGAAAAGUAGUGAAAAUGAUCAAAUCUUCAUGAACGAGUACUUGUUUGUUUGUUUGUUUGUUUGUUUUGAUGCGCUCCGGGCGACGCGUACGAUCCCGCCGGAUUUCUUUGUGCUCUACUUAACAAUUCUUUAAUAAAAUAUGUAGCCUUGUUUGGCGUUGCUUUUCCUCCAUACCUCUUGUCCUUCCAACCUUUACCUUCCCCAACAGGCGUAGCCACCAUGGCGGACCGAGUCCAGCAUCUAUUUCUUGAAGAGAAUGCGCGCAUGAUGGGCAACAGGUUGAGAACCCAAGAUCAAGAGAUGGUGGAACGCAGGCACACAGAGGAUGGUGGGAGAGAGCGUUAUGCGGUGAACACCAUUCUUGUGCCUCCUUCGUCUAACACUCGAAGUAUUGCGAUAGGUCACGGAUGGCAGAAGGUACUGUAGACUUGUAGGUGGACGACUUACUAGUCGUAAAAAUACUACAGUACAAGUUCUAAAGAUUUAAAGAUAGGACUAGUUUUAGUUACUUCUCUUGUAGUUCUUUUAGAUUUAGUAUCGCGAGAAAAAACGUUAUCAUUAUCGUUUUUUUGAAUUUUUCAGAAAAGCAUAACAUGGAGCACUGCGAUCCUGGGGCUUUCCACCUUGCGAUGGGCAAGCCGGCCCUCCCUCCACGAGGUGCCGCAGCAGACGCUGCGCUCCUCCUCCCAUUGGCGCGGCCCUUCACUCAUGGCGGGGCAUCAUGGUACCGCUAAGCUCAAAGGGCGCGGCCUCCGCUUACGCACGCCCAUGGGGCAGUGGCGUGGCCUGGCCCUGCAAACUUAUCCGCAAAAGUAGCACACCGCGGGAAACAAGCGCGGCGCACUCGGAAAGCAGCCCCGCUGGCAAUCGUUGGGGCGAUUCCUGGGGGCAAGCAAUAUGAAACGCCAAGCCGAUCGAAUGGAAGCCGCGACGCCACUUCGCUCAAGCUCCAAGGAGGCGAGGAGACGACCGAGAGCCGCAGACGCGCGAGCGGCUGAAGGGGUUAGUUGGAGGGGGUGUUUGAGGGGGGUCCUUGUUUUCAGGGACCCCAUUUGAUAAGACUUCUGGCGCCCGACAGAUAGGCGAUAAGGCUUCUGGCGCCCGACAGUCUUCGCCGAAGCCCAGAAACACACUCUAAAUCUUCGGAACCUCGAGGGGCAAGCGGGUGACAGGUGGGCGCCUUUUCUGCUUGCUCGUUAUCGCGUUUUUGGCGAGUGUUUGGAGGGGUCGGUGGAGGGGGGCGGCGGACCACCUCCGGCCCGGCUAGAGGACCAGAGCGGCCACAGCAGGAAGGAGGCGCCGAGCCGCUAGAGGUCGGAGGAGGUGGGGCGCCAGAGGUGGCGGAGCGGCCGCAAGCAGCAGGGCUGCAGGCCAUCCCCUGACACUCGGGCCCCAGAUUCGCGAGGGGACGAGGAAACAAGCUACACGCACGCGCGACUGCCAUUGCUGGAAGCGCCUCCCGGAGAGCGCAGCACCACCCAGCAGCCAGAGCAGGACAGCAGCGCGCGCGGCGCCGCUGUUUUGUUGUCCGAGUCAUGGGAAGCGCAGCCCACCCACAGACGCGCCAAGAGGAAGCGGCGAACGCUGGCGCCCCUCCAUUCUUAUGCCCACGCGCACAGCGUCCCACCAAUGCCUGGGAUUUGUUAUCCCUAUCUGAAAAAAUCAAAAAAACGAUAAUGAUAACACUUUUGCCUGCGAUAUUUAGAGAUUCGAAGAUGUGAGAGGAGAAAGACGCCCGAAACGGAAGUACUCUACGAUGAGAUUGAGAAUGGUGUUGUAGAAAUGCUUGUUGUUGUUUUCGUUCGCAUCAUAGUUCGGCUUUUUGUCAAUAUUAAGUGCGAUGAGUAUUCAUCUAUGUUCUAUAUGUGCUUCUUCAUCUUUAUCUUUCGAGGUUGCCGCUCUGCUUUCGUGUUGGCGUAUGAGGCCAAAGGUGUACGAUCCCCAAAGCGUCCUACUUGCCCACGAGAAUAGCGGAGAGAGUCUUAAGGCUGUAGCUAAUUCAUCUUUGACUGCGUCCGUGUUGAAAGGUAUGGGGAAGCAUCUUCACAGGGAAAGCCUCUGCCAUACUUGCCACUGCUCUGCCAUACUAACUUGUCACUGUGGCACCUGAGAAAUGAAGCAAUCACUGAGAGCUCUAAACACUAGGGUCAGUGGUGGACAUCUGGCAGUAAUACAGAACCAGCCAUCGUUGCUCGGACGUCCGCAGCUCCCUUAGCGAUCAAGAAUAGGAUCGCCGCUAUCACCGGGGCUCCGAACUUUGGUUUCAUGCAGUCGGAACAUCCCAGCUUAAUUGAUGGAAGUGUCAAUCAAUCGGCGUUGAAUCAGUCCGCGCUGAACGUGUCCGCGUAUGAAGACAGGAUUUUUCAAUUUCUUGCUAUCGUGACUAAGACCCCUUUGUACCAAAACCAAGCAUUAUAAUAAAUGAGAUUAAAUCGUAGAAGUUAGUACGGUACCUAGGAUUGUAUUAGUCUAACUCCAACAUCAAGUAGUUCAAGAUCAGCUUUUUAUUUCCACGUUUGUUCUCUAAUCUUGUUCAAGCAGCAGUUCUUCCGGAAACGGUUCUUUCUUGAGUGAGGCUUUAUCGGAUGGGGAGAAAAAGCGGCGAGCUCUUCUGGAAUCGCACGGUUUUGCGAGGCCUGCGGGAGCCCAGUUCGUAGUCCGGGAAGCCACAGCUGCUGACAUCAGGCCAUGUAAGAUCAGUAGAAGAAGUAUUUUUGGUCAUACAAAUACAUCUUGUUGUACUUCGGUGUAGGUAAUUUAUCAGGAGACUAAUGAUUUGAAUAGUUCUUCCUGUAAUUUAUCAGGAGAACAAUGAGAUCUUCUUGUAGUCUACUACUAGAUUCUAGUGAUAACGAUUGUAGAUGAAUAACGGCGAGGAAAGCUAUUUUUAUGCAUAGCUACCGCUAAUCCACUAGAAGGGGAGAAGGAGGAAUUUUCGGACGAAGCGCCGAGCUUUGAGUCCGUAGGCGAGGGGCCACCAGGUCGUCAGUACAAGGACACUUCCCACGACCGUUCCUUGUCGGUAGAUGAACGGAUAAUUAAGGCUCGUUGUCGUUUCCACAUGAUAUUGGCAUUGCUGCAUCUUCUUCUUCGUGCACCACAGCUUCAGCUACUGAUAUAGAUGAUACUGGACUUCUUUAGUAUCUUCCACAUUAACAAUGCAUCAUGCUCAUGCACUACUGAUAAACUUGACUCCACAUUGGCAUUGCAUCUUCGUCGUGUACUAAUACUAUUCGUGACUUCUUUAUCUUCCGCAUUAUUAACAUUGCAUCUUGCACUACUGCAAUAGAAGUGCAACCACUCUAAGAUAAAAAAUCGGAAUCUUCUGCAAGAGCAGUUGGCUGCACGCAAUACACGCUACGUAGAAAUGAUCAACCAUGCUCCUGUGGCAUGUUCUAUUAAGGCUAGUACCGCUGAAGCAUCCUCAACGCCAUGGUCCUUGGCGUCUUUUUCAAGGGAAAAUAAGAGAAGGAUCCAAGGAUAUGACCCUCAAGGAUGCCGCGAAUGUAGAGCUUGGUCCCAUCCUUAGGGAGCUAUUGAUGCCAUCUUCCCCCUUACAGUAGAAGUAGUAGAAGGGAGCUUGGCUCUAAUUCUACGCCUGUAGUGUUGCUGAGGGAGAGGGUAGCAGAAAGCCCAACACAGGAGAGGGUCGUCCAGCAGGAGAUUGAGACCCAGAUGCAGCAGAUCCUGCACAUGAGAUCCGAUGCAGAUGAUCUGGCCCCGCAGCGCGGGAGACCCUCCACUUCCUCCAUUCUGCUUGUGCCAGAGAUUAAGGCUACAUGAAAUGCAGCAUCUUCCCGAGCAUGAUAGAUCCAUCUUGAUUUUGUUUCUCAACGGGAAACGGGCACCACGAAGAUGCUCGUGCAGAUGGAUUUACUGUAGUUCUAAAGAGAGCACCCCAGCCGACCCGGACAGCAUAACCGCCAUCCUAUUAAGGCUCGAUUAAAUAGUACAAUGACAGUAGCAGCAGGGGUGAUUUCUUUAGCAUUACUUCGAUCUAGAUUUCCAACAUUAUAACAAUUCAAUUCACGACCACAAACCACUUAUUCUUCUAUUGGAAACGCGCUAAUUCUACGUCAACACCUGAGCACCGCACCCAACCCGUCGAUUAUAGACGCCGAUCUACGUUAUUUGCCGCGCUUGGACACCCCCG